AUGAAGUCCAUCAAGCCCGUUCCGGUCAACGGUGGGACAGACGCGCGUGAGGCCGCGGCCCUCGCCAUACCACAGAGCUCCAUCGAUACCAAGCAUUGGUGGCGGUAUAAGAACUUGCGCAACCUAAAUCUUCUCAUUAUCUUCCCGUUGGUGUCAAUUUUUACGCUUGGCUUUGAUGGGUCCCUAAUGAAUGGUCUCCAAGCUGUGCAACAAUGGCGAGCAUAUUUCGGCGAACCCACGGGAGCGACUCUAGGGCUCUUUAACGGAGCCUACCCUAUCGGCGGGCUGAUUGUCAUCCCGUUGAUUUCCUCCGUCAGCGAUCGCUUCGGCCGCCGCGCUGGUAUUGCGACUGGGGCCUUCAUAUGUUGUAUAGGAGCAGCUCUGCAGGGCGCCGCUAAGAACGUCGCCAUGUUUGUGGUCGGUCGCGGUAUUAUCGGUGCGGGAAGUGUCUUGAUCAACGCGUCAGGAGCGCCUCUUAUCACCGAAAUAGCCCAUCCAAACCAUAGAACGACUGCGACGGCUCUCUUCCAGACUUCCUAUGCGCUUGGCUCGAUCGUUGCCGCCUGGACGACAUUUGGCACGUUCAGAAUCCACAGCAGUGCCUCGUGGCGUGUCCCUUGUGCCCUGCAGGGCUUGCCGUCGGUUAUUCAACUUAUCGGUCUCUGGUUUGUCCCAGAGAGCCCACGAUGGCUAGUCUCAAGAGGACGUGAUGAAGAUGCUCUGAAAAUGUUGGCGAAAUAUCACGCCGAAGGGGACGAGAGCGACGCUCUAGUCCAGUUCGAAUUCAACGAGAUUAGGGAGGCGCUGGCUCUGGAUGAAGCCAAUGAUUGGGGCAACAUCUUCCUCAACUACUGGGAAUUCAUGCGCACACCCGGCAAUCGCCUACGUUUUUUUAUCUUGACCUGGUGUGCGUGCAUCAGCCAGAUGUCCGGUAACGCCUUUAUCUCUUACUAUCUAUCACCCAUCUUGACGGCGGCUGGCCUGACCAGUAGCCUCCAACAAACGCUUAUCAAUGCAACCUCUCAGAUGCUUUCAUGGUUUUCUGCCCUAUAUUUUGCUACCCUUCCUGGCAAGGUGGGCAGACGCAAACUCUUUCUGUGGGCGCUUGCUUCUGUCUUUGUCUGCUUGAUUGCCAUCACGACCGGAAGCGCUAUCUUCGCCGAGAACCCCUCAAAUAAGUCUGCGGGCUACGCCGUCGUCGCCUUUAUCUACUUGUUUUCUCCGGCCUAUAACCUCGGUCUGAACGGAAACUUGGGCCUCUACAUCACGGAGAUUUUGCCUUAUAAUCUCCGUUUGAGAGGAAUGGCUGUUUUCCAGUUCUGGACGUUGGGCUUUAUCGCUCUCUCGACAUUUGCUAUUCCCGUAGGCCUUGAAGAUAUGGCUUGGAAAUUCUAUACCAUCUUCAUUGGAUGGGUCAUGGUUGAAUUUGCUAUGGUAUGGUGGCUGUAUCCGGAGACCAAGGGUCCUUCCCUUGAAGAGAUUUGCCAUAUCUUUGAUGGAGUUCCGGAACAGGAUGCUAUUGAUAUGGAAAAAGCUGGUGAAAAGAGGAGGAACCAACUGGAGACUGUUGAGCAUAUUAACUGA